CAGAACACCCAGCUGACAGCUGGACAUGCCAGUCCCUGCCGGCCCUUCCCCAGAGGGUCAGGUGACCCUUCCUUCCCCAGGCCACUGGCAGCCUGGCCCUUCUGAGCAGACCUGUCCACCCAGGCCUCUAGGGCACAGCGAGUGAGUACUCCACGCUGGGAGAGGCCUUCGCCCCACGCCUGCAGCUGGGGGGCAUUGGCGACUGGAUCCCCUCCUGCCGGACCCUCCCCACCACCCCCAGAAGGAGCCCUGAGGCCACACACAGGAAGACAACUGUGCCCAGACAGCACUGAAGGCCAGGAAGGAGAAAGUUGAGGACGACUGACGGCCCGAAUUCUGUCCAGGAGCGGCCGAUCUAGCUUCUACCUCACACCCUCCUCUCGCAGAUUCUGCGGGGUGACCGGCUCCCUGUGCGGAAUCAUGGUCGUACAGGGCAGCGCGGACGCCAGGGAUGCCAGGGCGGGCGUGCAGCUGGAGCCCUUCCUGCACCAGGUCGGGGGGCACAUGAGCGUGAUGAAGUAUGACGAGCACACCGUGUGCAAGCCCCUCAUCUCCCGGGAGCAGAGGUUCUACGAGUCCCUGCCGCUGGCCAUGAAGCGCUUCACCCCACAGUACAAAGGCACCAUCACGGUGCACCUCUGGAAAGACAGCGAGGGCCAUCUCAGCCUGGUCGCCAACCCACGGAAAGAGAAUCAGGAGCCCUUCAAGGUCUCCGCGGAGUCGGCGGCGGCCGCCCUCUGGCAGACGCUCCAGCAGAGCACCGGCGGCAGCGGCAGCGCCCGCAUCCUGGCGCAGCUGGCGCGCUCACCCAGGGAGAGCCGCAGCCCAGCCAAGGCACCCCUGAGGCCCGAGUCCCACCUCAACGCUCAAGUGUCCUCGCUGGUGGAAGAUGCUAAUGGGAACCAGGUUGAGAAGAAGAGGUUUAACCCGUGGGGCCUGCACUGCCACCAGGCCCACCUGACCCGCCUGCGCUCCGAGUUCCCCGAGAACAAGCGGCACCGGUUCCUGUUGCUGGAAAACGUAGUGUCGCAGUACACGCACCCCUGCAUCCUGGACCUGAAGAUGGGGACCCGGCAGCACGGGGAUGACGCGUCCGAGGAGAAGAAGGCCCGUCACAUGAAGAAGUGCGCGCAGAGCACCUCGGCCCGCCUGGGCGUGCGCAUCUGCGGCAUGCAGGUUUAUCAAACGGAUAAGAAGCACUUUAUCUGCAAAGACAAGUACUAUGGAAGAAAACUCUCCGUGGAGGGGUUCAGACAAGCCCUCUAUCAGUUCCUGCACAAUGGAACCCACCUCCGCACGGAGCUGCUGGAGCCCAUCCUGCGCCAGCUCCAGGCCCUCCUCUCGGUCAUUAGGAGCCAGAGUUCAUACCGGUUCUACUCCAGCUCUCUCCUCAUCAUCUAUGAUGGGCAGGAGCCAUUGGAAAGAACCUCAGGCAGCCCACAUCCUCAGGAGGCUCCGCAGGUGGCCCACGGCAGCUCUCCCGGGGGUCUCACCAAGGUUGACAUCCGCAUGAUAGACUUUGCUCACACGACAUACAAGGGCUCCUGGAAUGAGCACACCGCCUACGAUGGACCAGACCCUGGCUAUAUUUUUGGCCUAGAAAAUCUCAUUGGGAUCCUGCAGGAUAUCCAAGAGGGACAAUGAAACUUCUUGGGCUUAUCUGGAUUUUUCUGGGCUACAGAUCUCAAAAAGGGACCUAUUGGUAGCUAGGGUAGUCUAGACACCCCUUAGAUGUCUUUGUAAUAGUCAUAUCUACCCUCAAAGCCAUCUCUAUACAUGGCAGACUACAUUAACAGCUGUCAAUCAGCUCCGGAGGAGAUUCCACAUACCCUGGCAUCCUGCUCUAAUGCUGGUCAUCGUAGAAGGGACAGUCAGGAUAAAGUGGCACCCGUUUGGAGUGCACCGGAGGGAGCAGCAUGAUGAGCUGGAGGCCAGCACUGCAGUGCGGUUCUGGAGUGUGUGCAUCUGCGAGUGCCCGCCUGCUGUCACGCUGCAGUCCUUGCACGCCGCGAGGCAAACACCUUACUUGAAGUCGCCUUGAAGAGUGAGUUUCUGAGUUCAUGGUUUUCUCCUGGUCUGGGCUGCCUGCUCCAAGGGCAGACAGAGCUCAUGAAUGCCUUGUACCUUCCUGCGAGGAGUUGUAAAUGGGGCAGGAGGAAGCGGAACAGAUCUGCCCACCUCACCUUCUCGCACCCAGGUGCUAAGGGGACAAGGACAAUCCCAGGCACAAGCACAGGCAGAGCAGGACCCCAGGUCCUCCGUGUGCCUGUGGAGAUGAGGGUCUCUUUAGAGACUUGUUUUUUUCCUUUUUCGCUUUUCCUUUUUUUCCCCAAAAAAUCUACUAUAGUGAGGAAUCUCUUUAUAGACUUCUGAGUGCCUGUUGGAAGUGAUGUUUCUGCCACAUUCUGACCAUGAAAUGACUCUGACCAUGAAACGCAGCUUCCAGUGGGGGGCGGGAUGCACAUGAGGAGGAGCCACUGACAUUAAACUACACUCUCCGUUUUCUAUUUAUUUAUUUUGGGGGUGGGUUGGGGGUGUCAGAAGAAGCCGGAGGACCGAGGAAAUCAGGGGCAAUGUUUACAAGACUGGUGGACAAGCGUAAAUAUGGAAUAAGAACAAACAGCUCUAAUUAAUUCCUUCUUCUGCAGUACGGAAACCUAUUACAAUGCCCUUGAGUCAAGCACUGAGAUACGUUACCCAAUUAGGGAAAUAAAUUUGUUAAUAAAAUUGCUGAGGUCA